ACCCUCUCUUAUGUAACAGUUGCCCAUCUUUGCGCUAAAAGAUAGGUCUGUAAACACCAAACAGUCGAGUGAUGUUUACAGGCCUUUACCCUCCCCCAUUACAUCUCUGGUGUCAAAGGAGGGGUGAGACCGGAGUAUUGUUGAGGGAACUGUAUAUGCAUGAAUGGUGUUUUCGUCUUGACUCAAAUUACAUGAACUCUCUCUCUCUCCCUCUCUUUGUUUGCUCUCCGCUCGGACUCGACUGGCCACUCAGCAGGGCGAGGAUCGCUCCUCCUCCCUGUCUCCCACAGCCCUCCAAUCACCUUCUUACCCCGGCCCUGUUGCCCCGCCCUCCUGCCAGGGGCCCGCCCAGCGGCCAGACAGCUUCCUGUUUCGCCUCAGCCAGAAGGAAGAGCAGAGGAGAGGUGAUGGUGCCGCCCCCAGGCCGGAGCCUGAAGAGGUGACCCCUACCCAGCCUCAAGGCCCCAUGGGAGAGGAGGCUGCUCUGGUGGAGCAACUGCGGAAGAACAUAGAGUCGCGUCUGAAAGUGUCCUUGCCCAGCGACCUGGGAGCAGCACUGACCGACGGGGUCGUCCUCUGCCAUCUGGCAAAUCAUGUGCGGCCACGAUCCGUACCCAGCAUCCAUGUGCCCUCCCCUGCUGUGCCCAAACUGACGAUGGCCAAGUGUCGGCGGAACGUGGAGAACUUUCUGGAGGCGUGUCGCAGGAUCGGGGUUCCACAGACCCAGCUGUGCCUGCCCCUCCACAUCCUGGAGGAGAGAGGGCUCCCCCUGGUGGCCGGGAUGGUACGUGCGCUCCUGGAGCUGGCCCCGCCCAAAUACACAACCUCCCCUGCCACCACCACUAACCCUCUGGCCAUGUAGGGCAGCAGAGUUCCACACUCACUCGUGGAUGGACAGAUACAGGACCCACCCUCUCGCUCUCCGAAUGUACGUUAUAUGGCUUUCCCUCUCGACCACCCCCCACUUCCCCUCAACCCUAGACCCCCCCCCCCCCCCCAACCAUACAGGGUCACCCAGCCUUCCCAGACAGGUCUUCCCCAAUGAAGAGAGAAGAGGGAGCACGAGUACGUCAAAGAAAGGGAUGACUGUCUCUUCCUCUGUGUCCUCACACAGACUGCUUACGACUUGCAGCCUUACGGACGAACAGAUGGACAACCGAGAUUGUCCCAGACAAACAGUCAGUUGGACGGCGAGUAAGAGUGUUUUUUUAUUUUCUAUUAUUAGUCAUUUGACUUCUCUCUCCAUCCUCCUCUUAUCUAUGUUCAGUAGGGGUUGUUUUAUUUUCUAUUAUUAUUUCAUCUUAUUUUUCAUAUUCCUUUUACUUUCACAUGUUAGAUCCUUGCAUGUCAGAGGGGUUGGGUGGGUGUAUGGGGAAGGGUUAGGAGACUAGGAAGUUGUCGGUUGCAUAAGUAACCUUUUAAGGUCAUGUGCUACAAAGAGCAACAAUAACGGUGGUGGUCUGUCAUCAUGGGAACAUUGAUGCUGCCAACACUUAAAAUGGCUGUUAUUAAAUGAACCCGUCUUUU